CCUGCGAUGAGCGUCGCGUGUGCGUGUUUCCUUUCUCUGUGCCGCGUAUACAUAUACGUAUAAUAUCUAUAUAUAUAUACAUAUAUAUAUAUCGACGUAGUGAAUCGACGUUGGUGUGACUCUCGGCGGGUUUCAUUGGCGAGUCAAUGAGGCUCCAGAGACGUGGAACGACGGGUCGCAGCGAAGCGCAGCCGACGCGGUCUGCGACGAGAUUGAUACUCGGCCAAUUUCUCGAGUGAUAAUCGCGAAAGAAGGAAAAAAUCGAUGUUGUCGUUCGUUGAGAGUUGAAUUUGGCGAACGCGUGUGAUUUAUAGCGCGAGAUAAAUUUAUCGCGCGAAAAAACCGAGCGCGUUCUGCGAGUGGACAGUACAGGUGUGGGUUUUUCUUCUUCGUCCAGAUUUUCGCACGACACCCAUGGAAAUUUAUACCAAUCACGGAUUAAUGCACGCCGGAAAUUGCAGCAUGGAAGAUAUGAGCAUCACGGUCACCAGCACAACCACAACAAGCACAAACACAGUCCAUCCUGGUAUAAAUGAUAUGGAUUGGUUCGCUGGUGUCGCCGAAGAGGAAUUGUUGUAUUACACGGGCGUCGGCAAUGAUGUCGAUUCCUUGUGGGCUGUUAUUGGGAGUUUUGUACCUCCGCCACCUAGACCGCCUUAUCUACCCGAAGAGAGUGUCGCCACCGACGGACUCACCACCUGCGAUUUAUGUUCUUGGGCAUGGAGGAACGAUAGGCAUUCCUUCUCCCUCGAUGGCACUCUUGAAGCUCCUGGAGAACUCGGAUGGGUCUUGACUCUAGUGAUAGUGUCCUUAGUAUCUGCUGGUAUUGGAGCGGUAGUCAUGAUGACCCUUCUUCAUUGCCGAAGGAUAAAAAGCGCCGGUGGUAGAGCGAGCUGCUGCGGCGUCGGCGUGGAAGAUUCGAACGUACCCGAUACGGGGGGACCAGCGGGAACAAGCGGCGCCAGUAGCGGAGUAGCCAUCAUACCCGAUCGGCCGCCUCUUGAAUUAGACAAAUUACCACCUUAUCACGACGUAGCGCCUAGUCCUGGACAUAACGUGUGGUCGUGGUUGGGUUCUCGGCGAGGUGGCGGCACACCCGGAGUAGUCACAACGCCGCUAUCCCUUCCUCAGCAUCGACGGGCGAUGAAUCUGCCGGUCGAGAAUCACUACACCCAUAUGCAAACCGACGAGGCUCUGUACGCGGAACUAGACUCGCAGGCCGCGAGCUACGCGAGCGAUCUGCAGUUACAAAUGAGAGGAAGUUCGACAUACGGCACGACUUCCGGCGGUCAGGACGACGAAUAUCACGAAUUGGACGCGGCCAGAUUGCAUCGUCAUUAUGGCGGCAGCGACAGAUCUCUACAGACGGAUACACUUCGUACUCGGCACAGUAAAAGGAUACAAGAGCCGGAUUACGAGAUGUACGAGAACGGACCGUCGUCGCCGGUACCGCCCGGCCAGCACCAGCAUCAUCACCAUCAUCAUCAUCACCACAAUCAUCACCACAAUCAUCAUCAGGAGCUCAGACUCGGUAGCAGAAAUAGCGAGCAUCCGUCGUACCAGAACACAGCGUACACCGGAAGUGACGCCGAGCCGGACGGGCCGACUCUGAGCAGCGCUCCUAGCAGCGCUUACUACAGUGACCUUAGCUCGAAUUCAACAAAUCAGCAGAUGCCGACAGUGGCGGUGUCAUCCGCGACGACGACAACGACGAGUCUGCAUCUGAAUUCACAGAAUCUGGACGCGCCUCAGUACAGAUUAGCAGCGAUCAACGAGAACACGGUGCCUUCAGAUUACAUUUGAGGAACAAUAUUUUUUUUCAAGUGAUGAGAAGUUUGGGGAAUACGGUGAGACACCGAUUUGCACUUUUUUUUCAUGUGAAUAGAGCGAGAGAGAGAGACUUUUCGCGUAAUAUAUUUAUAAUUUAAUAUGCGUUCUUACGGAGAAAGUAAGUUUUGACGAUAAAUAAUAAAAACUAUACAGACCGCGAGUAUAGAUCAAAGAAGACAAAAAAAAAAAAAAACUGAAAUUGUGUCAGUCACUGUCACAUCGUCGCAAAUUAAAAGUUUCUUCAAGAUGAUUCAGUUUUCAGUUUCGCUCGUCGAGGAGGAAAUUGAAAAGAUCGCAUUUGGUAAGAAUUCAUUGUUUAACUGACGGAUGUGUCAGUAGACCGGUUCCGGAUAAAAUCGAUUUCUUACUCAACGCUCGCUCUUUUGUCGCCGCACUUCGCGGUUCUGUUAAGACAAUCGAUUUUCGAGACGCGCGAGUCAAGCGUCGCGAAUUGGUGCGUUUUCCUUCGCUUUUGUGUUCUAAUGAUAAAAUACUAGAUAUUCAAUGUCCUGAUAUUUUUUUUUCCACGAAAGACAAGCGCAAGAUGAACCGGUUGAGGAAGUAAGUGACUUAAAACAAAUCGCGUUGGAAUUCUAAACGACUGUUCUGCGAUGUCAAAGAAGCUCGCGGUUGUAAAAUUUCGUCGCUAAUCUCUCACAGGUAAACAUCUUAAAAUUUACCAAAGAAUUUCUCAUCGCCAAAUAAAGUGAAUAAAAUCGUCGGACUUGUAUAAUUUUAUUGUAAUCUUCGCGCCGGAUUAAGUUGAAGGAGACUUUAAUUAGCACCGGAAAAAUUUCGUAAAAUGCGUUUUCUUUAAAAAAAACAAAACUGCUAUAAAUUUUUGCACCACUUAAAGGACUAGAAAAUGAACUAUUUAUAAUUUUUUAUCUAUUUUAAUCUUUGUGAAAAAUUCUAACCAACGCAUAUAUGCGUCAUCCGUACUUAGGUACAAAAUGGAGGAACGCAUAUUUGCAUUUCUCGGCGCGAAAAUGUUAAUUACUAUACACAAGACAGACUCGUGUUUCUCAUACGGAAUUCUGACGCGUAAGAGGGUUAAAUCUGGAAACGAGAUUUAAGUCUCAAACACGCGCGAUCGUGGAUGAAACUAGAAGGCGCAUUCGGCGGAUUUGAAAUUCUUAGACGCGCGCAAUAUGAAUGAAAUAAAGUCGUUUUGAAGAGCAGGUGCCUCGUAAUUUGACGUUCGAGGCUGCCAGUCUGCGCCCUCGGCUACGUCCGUUCUUCGAGCGACUGGACUCAGGCAUUCUCUCAGCAUCCUUUUCUGCUUACCGUGCGCAAAUGAGAUCUCGUUUUCACAUGUGAAGUGUGAUUACGAAAAAUUGCAGAAUUUCGUGCUCGACGAGCGCGAUUACUCGGCACUAAAGCACGAAUAUGAACAUUUGUACGAAACAGUUCAUGUAUUAUUUCUCACUUUUUAUUCUGUUGGUUUAAAUAACACGCAAUAAAAGAGCAAUAAAAAGUGUCAUUACGACGCACUGUCGGCGGCUACAAAAUUGCAUGCUAAACCUGAAGUAAUCUGCAUUGAGUGACUUCGUAAUAGUCUUAUUUCUCGAAGUUCGUUUCUCUGAAUCUUAUUAUUAAUUCUCUGAAUUUUAUUAUACAUUAAAUUAUUCAAAAUGGCAAAUUGCUCGCUUUUUCAAUAAGAACGGAAAGUACGAAUUAUAAUAACGAAGUUUAAUGCCCAUAAAGUGAAAUUAUCUUCACGACCUUGACAUACAACGCGACAACAAUCGUGAGAAAUGCUUCUUGUAGGAUAACAAAAUUAGGUGCAAGUAGUUCGUACUUCGUUCGAGGAGAAUCACCUCGAAUCGGACUCGCAUGUCACGCGAGAGAUUAUCGCUCACAAGCACUAAAUAGGUUUCAGUUUCUCGGCGGUCGUAUCAGUUUCAAUCGAUUUAUCUUCGAUUCCCGAUCGACGGCGAAAUUAAUUCGUUUCGCUCGAUUCGGCGGGGAAUCGUUUAAUCGUCGCCGUCGUGUUCUCUUAAUUACCUUCUCAGGCGCAACCGAUUGUUCUCUCGUCGGGACACGAAGACGCCGAGAAAACUCGUUCUCUCGCUUCGCUCGCCGGGAUUCUCUCGUGCGCAUUUCACGUCGUUCACCUUUAACUCACCUGCGCGCGCUCGCGCGUACACACACAUACCUACAUCUGACACCGGCACACUUAUCCGGAACACACGGGAAUUGCCGGCGUUUCAUGCACGCUAU